AGUUAGAUUUGAGAUGACACGUGGAGGUUUUAAUUUAUGCCACUGACACUUAAGGGGCUUUCUAUGCGGAAGUCAACAAGCACCGAGCUGCUUCCUGAAAGUGCUGGGACUAUUUUGUAUGAACUGACAUCUUCUGAUUGAUUAAUCGAACCAGUCAUGUCGAAGAACACAGUGUCCGAUCGAUUCAGAAAGGUUGAUGUAGAUGAGUACGACGAAAACAAGUUUGUCGACGAGGAGGACGGCGGAGAAAAUCAACUAGGUCCGGAUGAGGCUGAGGUGGAUUCUCUCAUCAGAUCAGGUAACCUGAUGGGAGCUUUGCAGGCAGUACUGAAGAAUCCACCCAUCAACGCCAAGAACCAGAAUGUGAAGGACCGGGCUGAAGGCCUCGUGUUGAAAGUGCUCAGCUCUGUCAAGGCUAGCGAUAUAGAAAAGGCUGUUCAGUCUCUGGAUAAGAGUGGAGUUGAUCUCCUGAUGAAAUACAUCUACAAAGGCUUUGAAAGACCCUCAGACAACAGUAGUGCCAUCCUACUGCAGUGGCAUGAAAAGGCUCUCUCAGCAGGUGGUGUGGGCUCUAUCGUCAGAGUGCUCACGGCCAGGAAGACUGUGUAAUCUUCAGCACCUCAGCACCGUGGCAGGGUUGGCGGAGGGACUGGCCGGCACAACCCCUCGUGGUCUGGUUUCUGCCCACACUGCCAAACUGUGGAGGAUGUCCAGUCACUCACCUUUUUUAAAAACGAUCAAACAUUACAGUUCCAUUUGGAUUUCAUGCGGUGAAGAUAAGCACCUUGGAUCUAUGUUAACAGAAUGGUGAUGAGAAAAUGUUAUUGUUGACCUCAGUCGUUAUUAAGCACAGACAUUUUAGCUAUUAUCAAAGGGAACUUUUGAUCUUUGCUCGUCUGCUUCACAUACUUCACAUUCUCAUACCUGUCCUGAUGUAAAGUCUCAACCGAACAGAACAAACAGUACAUGUAAUCACAUGACUAAAUCUUUAAUCAUGUUAUUACAGUGGCAGGUGAUGGUACUCUAGGGGUGUGUUGUUUUUUGUUUUACUUAAAGGGAUAGUCCACCGAAAAGUAUGUCAUCAUUUACUCACCC